AUGCCCUUAUGUAGCCUGGAAGAGGCUCUGGAAGACCUGACCUCCGGCAAAUUCGUUAUUGUCGUAGACGACGAGGGCAGGGAAAACGAAGGAGAUCUGUUUCUGCUCGCGGAAAAGGCGACGCCCGAAGCUGUCGCCUUUAUGGUAACCCACGCCAGAGGACUGGUCUGCGUUCCACUGCAGGGGUCGCGGUUGGAUGAGCUUCACAUUCCCAGCCUGCGAAGUCGGAACAGCCCAUCGUCGCAACCCACUGCUUUCACCACGUCCGUGGACUAUAAGUGGGAGACAACCACCGGUGUUUCGGCUUACGACCGCUCCGCCACGAUCCUAGCGCUGACUCAUCCCAACUCUGCGCCGGGUGAUUUUAUCCAUCCGGGUCACAUGUUUCCGUUGCGCGCCGAUCCGGGGGGUGUCCUGAGCCGGCCAGGACAUACCGAAGCCAUCAUCGAUCUGGCGGAAUUGGCCGGCGUUUUUCCCGGCGGCGUAGUCUGCGAAAUCAUGAACGCGGACGGCAGCAUGGCCCGUAUGCCGGAUCUGGAGCUGUUUGCGGCGAAGCACGAUUUGAAGAUAUUCAGCAUCGCGCAGCUCAUCGCGCACCGGCGCAUCACCGAAACGUUGAUUACACGCGUCGCCGAGGCGAACCUGCCGACGAAAUACGGUGUAGCGCGCAUCAUCGGUUACCGCGGUUCGAUAGACGAAGGAGAACAUGCGGCUCUGGUGGUCGGCGAAUGGAAAAACGGUGACGAGGUGAUGGUGCGGGUGCACAGCGAAUGCCUUACGGGUGAUGCCUUCGGCAGUCUCAAAUGUGAUUGCGGGGAACAGCUGGACAUGGCGAUGCGCAUGAUCUUUGAGAACGGAUCGGGAGCGCUGGUGUAUUUGCGGCAGGAAGGUCGCGGGAUUGGGUUGCACAAUAAGAUCAAGGCCUUCGUACGCUCUACAGAAGCCAAUGUUGCGCUGGGGUUCCAGCCUGAUGAGCGGAAGUACGAUCUGGCGGUUCAAAUCAUGCGCGAUCUGGAGAUAUCUCGGGCGCGUUUGGUAACCAAUAAUCCCCACAAGAUGGCUGGGAUCAGCGGGCUUGGAGUGCAGGUUACCGAUCGUAUCGGCUUAUCCGUUUUGCCGAACCAGACCAACGAGCAGUACCUUCGCACGAAGCGCGACAGUAUGGGCCACCUUUUGUCGCCGAUGCUGCCGAGCCCGCCGGACGUGGCAUAA